GGGGCACACACGCCAGCUUUUAAUAUAGAACGGUAAUGAAUUUAUCUUAAGGGCCCCGAUAGACCAUAGCUACUAACUCCGAGUUCUUUACCAUAGUCGUCAAGAGAAACCGCCAACAUGACAAGCACAAGCACUAAGUUGUCUACAGUGGUGGAAGAAUUUGGGGAAAUCGACAUCUUCUUUAAAGGUGGUUUUGAUCUGUACUAUGUAGAGAAGGAAUACGCACGUAAGCUGAUUCACGCUAUAAGUAGUCAGAAUGUAGUCAUGGAGUGUGAAGCGUUAAAAAGUCUCGGAGAUCUGUACCUGCGCAAAGCAAAGGCGAAGAAUAAGGCAGAGAACUUCCACAAGGCUUGCUCGCUGUAUAGAGAACUCUUACGAUAUUACACUAGUCGUGAGAAAAAGCAAGUUGUACAACAUCGCAUCAAAUAUGCAGAGAAAUGCACGAAACUGAUCCAUGAACAAGAGAUUGUAGAAGCACGUGCUACAGAUUCAGGCAAUACGAUAUUGGCUGUAGCUAUGACCCUACAUGAAGUGGAAAAGAAGAUCAUGUUAAAAGGACGAGGUGCGGUCUCCAUGAUUGAAGGUUAUACAGACACCUUAGUGCAAGCAAUCGUGGAACGAAAUAAACGCCUACAAAUGGAGUCGUUGAAGGGUCUUGGAGAUGUGUACCUAGAGAAGGGAAGAGCUGGCAAGGACGAGGCAAUGUUCAUGGAAUCAGCUGGUCUGUACCGAGCGGCGCUGGACCGAUGUGAAGAUUCAGAUUGCAGAGAAACUCUGGAGCACCGCAUCAAGUACAUGGAGACAGUCAAGGAAAAAGAACACAAGAAGGCCGAGAAACGCCUAGAAACGGGACCGAAGAACAAGCUUGGAAACAGCAGUGAAGAGACACAGGACGUCACUGACAGUACGUACCAAGACCAGUUACAGGAGGGCUGCAGGGCCCUGCAGACAGGGGACCUGGACAAGUCAGAAGGACACUUUGCAGCUGCGCUCAGGGCCGUUCAUUUCAAAGGCCAGCGCUCUAGAGAGGUAGAGCCCCUGUGCAAGUUGAGCGAUGUCUACCUGAAGAGAGGGGAAAGGUCAAAAGAUGGCGGAGAUUUCACCAAGGCUGCAGCACUCAGCAACGCAGCACUGGUGAGAUCUAAGAGCAAAGACAAGGAGAGCAUUAGAAAAACAAUCCAGGAAAUAACACAAUCAUUUGUUAAGCACGUGCUGGGUAUCGAACAAACGGUACACAUUGAUGGCACAGAGGAACACAAAUCUAUAUUAAUGGAAUACCGCGGAUAUGUGGAAGACGAGAUCAAAAGAAUUGAGCAGCAGAUAGAUCCUUAUAGCCUUGAUGACAAUGACCCGAAGAUCAGGGAAGUAGAGAAGAAAAGAGUGGAAGCAAUCAAAGCCUUGUUUGACACUAUUGUUCAGCAGCGAAGAACAUUCAUAGCUGGCCUUGUAGAUGAGUGUAUAGAAGUGAUGGGCCCUCCUCCCUGUAAGUACGCAAUGAUAGGACUGGGUUCACACGCCACGGGGUUGGUAACACCAUACUCCGAUCUGGAGUUUGCUAUUUUGAUAGAAAAGGAAGGAGAAAACAAUGUGAAGUAUUUUCACAAUCUCACGAAUUACCUUCACCUCAAAGUGAUCAAUCUUGGGGAAACCAUUCUCCCUUCCAUGGCCAUCAAGUCUCUCAAUGACUUUGAGUCAGAUAACGAGCUAGGCAGCUGGUUCUACGACUCUGUAACGCCGCGUGGUUUUUCGUUCGAUGGGUCCAUGCCACAUGCAUGUAAAACCCCACUAGGCAGAGGUAAGGCAUGCCUUCUUAUCCGCACACCACUUGACAUGGCCAAAGUUCUCGAAGACGACGUCACGCUCCACCUGAAGAAAGGCUACCACCUAGCGACCGUCCUGGGAGCUGUAUCUUUGAUUACCGGAGAGCAAGGCCUGGUCGAUGAAUACACCACUGCAUGGGAUCAGCUACGUGCAAAAAAUGAAAGUGAAAUCGCCCGGCUCCUAGCAAACACUAUGCUGGAGGAAAAUACCAAAACAUUUCAAAUGCAGAAUCCGACUGACCGACUGCUGGAUGUUAAGAAAGAAAUCUACCGAUUUGCCAGCCUUGCAGUGUCAUGUUGGGCGCUAUUUUACGGCAUACAGCCGACCACGAUCUGGGAGACUAUUCAGAAGAUGAACAAGAAGGGAAUCAUCAAUGAUGAGAACGCACAUCACGUGAUGGUGCUGGUUAGCAUCUCUGCAGAGCUGAGGCUGCGUACUUACAUGAACAAUCGUGGUCAAGUGGAAAACGUAUCAGUCUUAUCGUCAAUGUCAGGCAAUAAUGUCACUGAGGAAACAACAAAGAAAGUUUUUUACGUCUCCAAUAUAAGACAGCUAAUGAGGUACUACUACACAGCGACACCGUUAAAAUCCUUUGUUUUGCAACUUGGCAAUCGUCAACCACUGAAAGAGCCCUCGUGUCUGUUCCUCAACUCCUCACUACUACAAGCAGAUGUUUAUAAAAGUUUGUGCGACUAUAAUCACCAUAAGACAUGCAUUGAACAGGCUCUCCAACAGGAGCUAUCAAAACAUGAUACGGGUGCAAUUCAUCGUAAUAUAGCCUGGUUACUUUACAAGAUGGGAAGCGCCUUGCAAGAUAUCGGUGAUACGAUGAAUGCUAUCAGCCAUCAUGAAAAAUCAUUACAGAUGUGGCGGAGUAUCUAUGGUGAGAACACUGCACAUCCUGACGUCACAUUGCCACUUAACAACUUGGGUAUCGCCUGGAGUGCCCUUGGUGAUUACAGAAAGGCCGUCAGCUAUCACGAACAGUCACUACAGAUGAGGCAAGCUAUCUAUGGUGAGGGCAACGCACAUCCUGACAUCGCCGUGUCACUUAACAACCUGGGUACGGUCUGGGAUAACCUUGGUGAUUACAGAAAGGCCAUCAGCUAUAACGAACAGUCACUACAGAUGACGCGACUUAUUUAUGGUGAGGGUACUCCACAUCCUGGCGUCGCCAGGAUACUUAACAACUUGGGUAGCGCCUAUAGUGACGUUGGUGAUUACAGAAAAGCCAUCAGCUAUAACCAACAGGCACUAAUUAUGAUGCGGCUUAUUUAUGGUGAUGGUACUGCACAUCCUGACAUCGCCUCGCCACUUAACAACUUGGGUUUCUCCUGGGGUGCCCUGGGUGAUUACAGAAAAGCCAUCAGCUAUAGAGAACAGGCACUACAGAUGUGGCGGAGUAUUUAUGGUGAGGGUACUCCACAUCCUGACAUCGCCGGGUUACUUAACGAUUUGGGUCUUGCGUGGAGCGACUUAUGUGAUUACAGAAAGGCAGCCAGCUACUUCGAGCAGGCACUACAGAUGAUGCGGAAUAUCUAUGGUGAGGGCAACGCACAUCCUCACAUCGCCGCGUCACUUAACAACUUGGGUAAGGUCUGGGACCACUCGGGUGAUCAAAGAAAGGCCGUCAUCUAUUAUAUACAGUCACUACAGAUGCUACGGAGUAUUUAUGGUGAGGGCAAUGCACAUCCUGACAUCGCCGGGUUACUUAACAACUUGGGCACCGUCUGGCGUGGCCUUGGUGAUUACAGAAAAGCCGUCAGCUAUCACGAACAGUCACUACAGAUGAGGAAGAUUAUCUUUGGUGAGGGCAACGCACAUCCUGACAUCUCCGCGUCACUUAACAACUUAGGUAGCGUCUGGAUGGAAAGUGGUGAUUACAGAAAGGCCGUCAGCUACUUCGAACAGGCACUACAGAUGAGGCAGGGUAUCUAUGGUGAGACAGCACAUCCUGACAUCGCCGACUCACUUCGCAACAUGGGUUCCAUAUGGACAAUGUUAGGUUCUUACGGAAAGGCCAUCAGUUAUCGUGAAAAGUCACUACAGAUGUGGAAGAGUAUCCAUGGUCAGGACACUGCACAUCCUGACAUCGCCAAGUCGCUUAACGACUUGGGUUACACCUGGAUUUUUAUUGGUGAUUACAGAAAGGCCAUCAGCUAUCACGAACAGUCACUACAGAUGAUGCGGAGGGUCUAUGGUGAGAACUCUGUGCAUGUUGACAUCGCCGACUUACUUGAACACUUGGUAACUUACUGCAUGUUGCUUGGUGAUUCCCAAAAGGCAGCCUCUUACUAUGCUGAGUUUACAUGGAGGAAACAGAUGAUUGAUAAAGACAAAAAAUAG